UUUUACAGCGCCCUGCAAUACUUGGCGCCAAGCUGGAGGAGAGAGAGUAGGCAAAUGGAAUCUGGCAGUGAAAAAUAAAAAAUAAAAACUUUUCAUACCAGCUAUGGACAUUCGGAAAUUCUUUGUAGUUACGCAGCAAAAAAAACCUGCAAGCGAGCCGGCAAAGAACGGUAAAUCCAAGAGUGAAUAUGAUGGCAAGAAGAAGCAUGACUUGUCCAAGGUGAAGAGUCUGAACAGUGAUGAUGAUUCUGCAAAAAAAACGAAGCAACAAGGAAACAAGAAGAAACGCAUUAUCGUUGACUUAGAUUCUGAAGAGGAGGUGCCGGUAAAGAAACACAGGAAACUGUCUAAGGAAUCCCCCAGUGAACCCAAGUCUUCAUCCAAACCUGCACACCCUCCCAAAAAAGACCCUGUUGUAUAUGUUUCAGAAACAGAUGAAGAAGACUUUGAAUCCUUAAAACAGCCUCAGAAACGCAAAGAGAAUGGCCUGUCUACUUCCAGUCCUCCCGGUAGUACUGGAAGAGCAGUCGAAGUGAAGCCCCCUGCUAAAGCAGUGACUCCAGCGAAAUGCACUCCUAUGUCGGUGUUGGAGUACUUUGGAGGCAGCAGUGUGCAGAGGUCAGAUAAAAAGCUAGUGGCCACUACCAAGAGAAAAGCACCCACAGGGAGCACUGAUGACUCCACUAACGAAGAUGAGGCUGUUGCUCGCCAACUUCAGAUGGAUGAGGAUGCAGAGCUGGAGAGACAACUUCAUGAAGACGAAGAUUUUGCAAGGACACUGGCAAUGCUGGAUGAGCCCCCAAAACCCAAAAAGGCAAGAACUGAGUCUACAUCUCUACCUGUUAAGACAAGUCCAGUCAAACCAGACAGAGCCACUAUCAAACAAGAAGAGCCGAGUGGCAGUGCAAAGGACCACCUUUCCAAGAAAGCCUCGCCCAGCAAAGCCAGCUCCAAGUUGGUGCUUAUGAAGCGGAAAGAAGAAACAUUGAAAAAGGAAACGCCGGUGAAAGUGAAGACCGUUUCACCCAAGAAAGAAGAAGUGGUCACCCCCAAAACAGAGAGAACGUCGCCCAAGAAAUCUGAGUCUAACAGUCCCGAAGACUCGGAAAAGAAAAAGAAACGGCAGAACGUGCAGGCUUAUCGCAGCUACUUGAACAGAGAGGGCCCAAGAGCACUGGGAGCAAAAGAGAUACCCAAAGGUGCAGAUAAUUGCCUGGAGGGGCUGGUGUUUGUGCUGACGGGGGUCCUGGAGUCCAUGGAACGAGAUGAUGCCAAGUCCCUGAUUGAGCGAUACGGUGGGAAAGUGACCGGAAGCAUCAGCAAGAAGACCAGCUAUUUGGUGCUGGGCAGAGACAGCGGCGUGUCUAAAACAGAAAAGGCAGAAAGUUUGGGGACCAAAAUUCUUGAUGAAGAUGGCCUGCUCGAUCUGAUUCGUAAACAGCCUGGCAGGAGAUCCAAGUAUGAGAUAGCUGCUGAAGCGGAGAAUAAGAAGUCCACGCUGAAAACCCCAGAGAAGCCUGCAAAGCAGACAGAGUCUGCAAAGAGAAAGACUCCCACGCCUCCAAAGAGAGGGAGCUCUCCCAGUGCUGUGGCAGGGAAAAAAGGCCUGUCCUUCCAGCCAAGCUCGCUCGAGAAGGUGCAGACUCCAGCCCCAAGUGAAAGCAAAGGGGAGAGCCUGCUCUGGGUGGACAGGUACAAGCCCACCUCCCUGAAGAACAUCAUCGGACAGCAGGGAGACCAGAGUUGUGCCAAUAAGCUCCUACGCUGGCUCCGCAACUGGCAUCAGAACACUGCCAGUGACAAGAAGCCGGCAGCAAAAUUUAGUAAAUUUGGUGGAAAAGACGACGGCUCCACCUUCAAGGCAGCCUUGCUGUCAGGUCCUCCUGGUGUGGGUAAAACGACCACUGCUGUGCUGGUCUGUGAGGAGCUGGGAUUCAGCUAUGUGGAGCAAAAUGCCAGCUGCACCCGCAGUAAGAACAGUCUGAAGGUGGUGAUUGCUGAGUCCCUGAACAACACCAGCAUCAAGAACUUCUAUUCAGGCGCCUCUCAGAUGGUGAGCAGCAAGCAUGUGCUGAUCAUGGAUGAAGUGGAUGGAAUGGCAGGCAAUGAAGACAGAGGUGGAAUCCAGGAACUCAUCGGUCUUAUUAAAAACACAAAGAUCCCUAUUAUCUGCAUGUGUAAUGAUCGGAAUCAUCAAAAGAUCAGAUCCUUGGUCAAUUACUGCUUUGAUCUCCGUUUCCAGAGGCCACGAGUGGAGCAGAUUAAGGGUGCCAUGAUGUCAAUCGCUUUCAAGGAAGGUUUAAAGGUCCCGCCCCCGGCUCUAAAUGAAAUCAUAUUGGCUGCUAACCAGGACAUCAGGCAGGUGCUUCACAAUCUCAGUAUGUGGUCUGCCCGAGAUAAAGUAUUUACUUAUGACCAGGCCAAAAGUGACUCCAGUAAUGCCAGGAAAGAUAUUAAGAUGGGCCCCUUUGACGUCUGCCGAAAGGUGUUUGCUGCUGGUGACGAAACUGCUCAUAUGUCCCUGAUAGACAAGUCUGAUCUCUUCUUCCACGACUACUCUCUGGCACCUCUCUUUGUUCAGGAGAACUAUGUCCACGUCAAGCCGGCAGCAGCAGGUGGCAAUGUGAAAAAACACCUGAUGCUCUUGAGUAGAACUGCUGACAGUAUUUGUGAUGGAGAUCUAGUGGACAGACAGAUUCGCUCGAAACAGAUGUGGACAUUGUUACCUACACAGGCCAUUUAUGCCAGCGUCCUCCCUGGAGAGCUAAUGAGAGGGUACAUGGCACAGUUUCCUACCUUCCCCAGCUGGUUAGGAAAGUUUUCAGUAACGGGCAAACAUGACCGCAUCAUUCAAGAACUUUCAAUGCACAUGUGUCUGAGGACCCAGGCCAGUAAGCGGGCGGUGAACAUGGAGUACCUUCCAUUCUUAAGGGACUCUCUGGUGAGGCCGAUGGCAGGGCGUGGGACGGAGGGGGUCCCCGAGGCUGUGCAGCUCAUGGAUGACUAUUGCCUCAUGAAGGAGGACGUGGACAACAUCAUGGAGAUCAGCACCUGGGGGGGCCGCCCAGACCCCUUCUCCAAGCUGGACCCAAAGGUUAAGUCUGCCUUCACCCGUACCUACAACAAGGAGGUACACCUAACCCCAUACUCGCUGCAUACUGUAAAGAAGGGAAAACGUGGAGCAGGCUCCUCCGUGGAGCUGGGAGACGAAUUCGGCACAGAGGACACCCAACCUGAAGAAAAGGAGUCUGAAGACACUAUUGAAACGGAUGCCAUGAUUAAGCAAAAGAAAGCUAAAUCUUCCAAGUCAACAAAAGAGGCGAAAACCGAUGAUUCUGGCAAAGGGAAGGGGAAAGCAAAGAAAACCAAAUGAGAAGUGUGUGUGUGGUAGUUUUCUGUAGCCUCGCUGUCUGGUGCUUGGGACAGAGCAGCCAUUGCAGCAGGACCCUUACUUCCCUGAACUACUUUAUCUUUCUGCAAUGCUAUGAGCUUAUUUGAACUGUUCUCUUCCACUGGUAUGAUGGAAAGAGAAUUGUAUAUGUACAUAAAGGCAAAUAAAAAAGCCCUGCUUACAAUAUUCCAAGGUUUGUAUAUUAAUAAAAAUGUAGUAUUAUGUAAAGAACUGCAAUAAAAUUGAUUUC